UAAGAGUUACUUCAGUAUCUCAGGGCAGGAGGUCUGAGGAUAUUCUGCUGUGCAAAAGAGAAACACAAUUAGGAAAGCCUCUACAGAAUGCCAGAAUUAUACAUGAAUUACCCUCACAUGAGAAGCUGACUGCCUUCAGCUCCUCUCAUAAUCCCUGCAGCUUUAUCACAGAAAGAACAGCCAAUAACUCAACAAACAACUUUAAAACUAUGGAUCCUGAGAAAGAAUUGAAUGGUUUGGAUAACUAUGCCUUCACUAAAAGCGAGCAUUUGUGUGAGAUCCCUGCAGAUGACAGUGAGAGAAAGCAGCAGCUGCCAGACCGGGAGGCGGAACAGAACAAGCUGGCCUACAGUGUGACUGAGGUUCCCCCAUGGUACCUCUGCAUCAUCCUUGGGACUCAGCACUAUCUGACAGCUUUCGGGGGGAUCAUUGCCAUUCCCCUGAUUUUGUCGAAGGAGUUGUGUCUGGAGCAUGAUACCCUCACCCAGAGCCACCUGAUCAGCACCAUCUUCUUUGUGUCAGGGCUCUGCACUCUGCUUCAGGUCACACUCGGGGUGAGGUUACCUAUCCUCCAAGGCGGGACCUUCACUUUCCUGGCCCCCUCCCUCGCCUUGCUGUCAAUGCCUCAGUGGAAGUGCCCAGCUUGGUCUCAAAAUGCCAACCUUGUCAACACCAGCUCACCUGAGUACAUUGAAGUGUGGCAGUCCAGGAUUCGAGAGUGCUCCAGACUCAACAGGCAUCUUGGGACUAUAUGGCUCCAGGGAUCCAUCAUGGUCGCAUCCUGCUUCCAGAUCUUUGUGGGAUUCUCUGGUCUCAUCGGUCUCUUUAUGAGGUUUAUUGGACCCCUCACGAUCGCGCCGACCAUCUCCCUCAUCGGAUUGUCUCUGUUUGACUCGUCAGGGAACGAUGCAGGCAAACACUGGGGGAUCUCUGCCUUGACUGUCAGUAUCAUUGUGUUGUUCUCGCAGUACCUCCGACACAUUCCUGUACCGAUGCCUGCUUACAACAAGACUAAGAAGUUUCAUUCCACCAAGAUUUAUGUCUUUCAGAUUCUACCGGUGCUGGCAGGAAUGACUGUGUCCUGGCUCAUCUGUUACAUCCUCACAGAGUACAAGGUCCUGCCGUCGGACCCAGAGGCAUAUGGCUACUGGGCACGGACGGACCUGAAAGGGGAUGUGCUGGGCCAAGCGCCCUGGUUCCGCUUCCCAUACCCAGGUCAGUGGGGUAUGCCAACAGUCAGCCCUGCAGGGGUGUUUGGGAUUCUGGCGGGGGUGAUUUCCUCCAUGAUAGAGUCUGUCGGUGACUACCAUGCCUGUGCGCGUCUCUCAGGUGCUCCUCCCCCACCCAAACAUGCAAUCAACCGGGGAGUGGGCAUCGAAGGAAUUGGCUGUCUCAUGGCAGGAGCAUGGGGCACAGGCAAUGGGACCACCUCCUACAGUGAAAACGUGGGGGCGCUGGGCAUCACCAAGGUGGGCAGUCGGAUGGUGAUUGUUACCAGUGGCUUCCUGAUGAUUUGUAUGGGAAUGUUUGGGAAAGUUGCGGCUAUUUUCACUACAAUCCCAACACCUGUCAUAGGGGGUAUGUUCUUUGUCAUGUUUGGAGUGAUCAUUGCUGCUGGAAUUUCAAACCUACAGUAUACUGAUAUGAACUCAUCCCGGAAUAUCUUUGUAUUUGGAUUCUCCAUGUUCACUGGGAUGGCUAUUCCAAACUGGGUAUUUAACCACCCUGGAGCCAUUGUGACAGGUGUGACGGAGCUGGAUCAGGUGCUUCGGGUCCUGUUGACGACCAGUAUGUUUGUGGGUGGCUUCUUUGGCUUCGUCCUGGAUAACACUAUUCCAGGGUCAAAGAAGGAGCGUGGCAUCGUCGUCUGGAAGGAGGCGCACCAGCAGUCUGGCGAGACUCUGGAGAGCGAGGAGGUGUACAGCCUGCCCUUCGGGAUUGGGUCACGCAUCUGCACUGCAUCCUGGGUUCGGUAUAUACCCUUCUGUCCCAAACCAGCUGGGACCGACAGUGGCAAUGUAGGAAACAACGAGGACACAAUCAUGGAGAAGACUGACCAGGCACUACCAAACAGAGAUACUCGGCUAUAGACGCUGUAUCCCCUUAAUAUGAAAACCAUUAGCAAUUAUUUAUGAAUAGAAAAUAUUAAACAGCUAACUAGGCAGGAUGCUGGAUUUGUUUGACAGGUCAGUAUCUCUCAACUAUUUUAGAAAAGUGCACAAUAAUGAUUAAUUGUCCAGUAUGCCUUAUUAACUCCUUAAAUUCCAACUUGCAGAACUUUGGCACACCCACUGGAAAAUUAUAGAAUUGCAAUAUCUCUGGAUUCAAAUAUUUUGCUUUUACUGAAACAGAUCCCUUUUUCAACCUUUAAGAACUUGAAUCGAAUCUUGCAGAGAAAAAAUAACCUUAUAUUCCAAAAAUAUGUGACAAAUUACUAAAAAACAAAAUUAUGUAACAUAAAUACAUGAUUAUUUACCACACUAGAGAAGAGGUUUAUUAAUCAUACUGAACAAUGAGAAAUGACUCUGUUCCCAGCCAUUUCACACCUGGGAGUGUAAUCUUUCCAAAAAUGCCAAUAUUAUUCAGACGUAUUGACCAAAUACAAAUCAUGGUACAGCAUCACUAAACAGGUUGACAGUAGAUUUCAGUUUAUCCAGUGAAUAGCUACCCUCAGGAAUGAGUUUCAGUUUUGUAAAUCAGGAACCCUUAUCCAUGUUCAAACUCCAUCAUCCAUUAAACCCCGACCAGUAGUAACGUAUUUCAAAGGAUCAGACAGCUCAGGUGUCCAGUACAGUUACAUGCCUGCCAGUUCUGUUAUUUUCAGCGCAGUGGUCCUAUAAGUUUAAUUUCAUUGUGUAAAUUAGCUACUGUAGUUUCCACUAAGUUAGAAAGUUCAGGGUUAUUUUACUCCUGCGAAGUUGAUUUAGUAGAGGCGGGCAUAUGUACAUGGUGUAUGUAACACCAUUUUUUCCAUAUGUCUGGAGACCGGCUAAUCAAAUUGUUGUGAAACUUGGAAUGAACAUUAUUUAGCACAGGUUGCUGAGAGUAUCAGAUUGUGGGUAUAAAGGGUUGGUACAUUGUCAUCCAUCUGUAUGUCACACUUACAUGUUAGCAUAUGUGACGAGAGGCUUAUCAAAUUGUGAUUAAACAAUUAAAUUCAAAUUCUUAUUCUAUUCUUUUACACCUUUUUCAUCAUCCUGGUGAUUUGGAAUUUACAGCUGUGGCAGGAGUCAAAGUAAUGAUGCAGCAGAAACAAUGUAUCACAGGUAAAUACCUGUCUAUUUCAGUGACGUUUAUUUUAGUGCAGCGUGUAUUGACCUACUUUGUAAAUAACUAUGCCACCCUUUUAACCAGUCCACAUCUUGCUGUGUACACAUUUUCUCCAAGUUGUAAGCUACUAGGUCACACUUCUUUAUCAACAUUGUUUCUGCAGCAUUGGAAGGCUGCUACUAUUACUGCUGCUAUUGAUGUCAAACUGCUUGCACAGAGUUCCCUCUAGGGGGCAGUAAGGUACUACCUAAAAUAACCCAGAACAGACAUGACCCAUGCAAUGUGUACUUAUUUUUAACAAACAGGUCACUUACCAUGCUCAAGUGAUAGCUCACAACUCUAAAUUAGUACUCCAGUCAGACAGUGUAGCAAAUAAGCAUUUCAUAAUGCUUUAUUGUCUUCAAAAAGUACCACAUUUGUUCAUUCCUGUGGAUUAAUGUCUUUAAUGAAUUAAUGUCUAUCUUUCUAUUGAUAUGUUUGACAGGAGGUAUAACUGUAGUGUAGAAAUAUAACACAAAUUACAAGUUUUCUUUAGGAUGUACACAAAAGGUUUAAAUCAUUAAAAAAAGCCCUUCUUCAGCACUAAAGCAGCUAAAGGGUUUUUGUCCAAAACAUCCCAAAAAUAACAACAAACCGUUACAAAAAACUAUCUUCAUUAAUUGCUACAGAUCAGGGUGUGCGGCUGUCUCACAGGGUGUCCCCCAGGGGUCAGUGUUGGGUCCUGUCCUCUUGAUCAUAUACCUCCUACCCCUGGGCAAGAUCAUGCGACAUCACAAAGUUCACUUCCACUGCUAUGCUGAUGACACCCAGCUCUACUUCUCCACCAAACACACCACUCCCCUCCCUCCCACCUCCCUCAUUAACUGCCUUCAAGACAUCCGGAGCUGGAAUGAGCAUGAACCUCCUCCAACUCAACAGCAACAAGACGGAGGUCAUGCUCAACAUCACCAUAGAUGGUUUCCCGGUCCCUCUUUCAACACAAGUCAAAAGCCUCGGUGUCUCCCUGGACAGUUCCCUCUCAUUCGAAUCCCACAUAAAAACCAUCACCCGGACAGCAUUCUUUCACCUCCGUAAUAUCUCCAGGCUCCGAUCCUCACUUUCACACUCCAGCACUGAAACCCUCAUCCAUGCCUUCCCACCAAACUCACCAACAGACUCCAACUGGUCCAGAACUCUGCUGCCAGAAUCCUCACUCGUACUAGAUACACUGAACACAUCACACCAAUCCUCAUCAAUCUACACUGGCUCCCUGUGCAAUACCGUAUUGACUUUAAGACACUCCUCCUCACCUACAAAGCCCUCCAUAACCUGGCACCCACCUACCUCUAUGACCUUCUCCCAGUCUAUGCCCCCUCCCGCUCCCUCCGCUCCUCCUCUGCUGGUCUCCUUGUCACCCCUCCAUUCCGCUUCUCUCCAUGGGUGCCCGGGCCUUUAGGAAGCCUAUGACCUUUAGUCUAUGGUCUAUGUUUGACUCUGUCCUACCCCCCCUUCUGUGCCUUCCCAGUAUCCCUAUGUAUCCCUAAGUGCCCCCCCCCAACCUAAAUCCUUACCCUAAACCGGGUCUGUAUCCUAUUCCCAACCCAACCCCCUAAACCUAAACCCUUACCCUAAACUGGGUUCGUAUCCUCUACCCAACCCCUCCCUCUUUUUAUCUGUCCUGUUUUGUCUGGUCUUUUGAUUUUAGAUUUUUAGAUUUUAAAUUGCACUGUUGAUUGAUGCACUUGAUUUUAUGACUUUAUGGAUUGCACUUGAUUUUAUGUAGGCCUACUUUUAAUGUAAGAUGUCCUUGAGUGUCCUGAAAGGCGUCCAACAAAUAAAAUGUAUUAUUAUUAUUAUUAUUAUUAUUACAUUUUAUAGCAGUGCCAAUUUGGUUUGUGAGCUUGCAUGCAAAAUCUUGAAUUCAAGCAUGCUCCUCAGGCAAAGAUACCUAAUAAGUGUUUCAACCUAAGGCAAAUAUGUUACCAAACCACCAUGGCUUGGAGCUUUCAAAACCUUCCCGAUUCACUUUGGGAGGGGUCAGGUAGGUGCCAUUUUAUAACUGCAAUAACUCUCUCAAGGGUGUUCCAAUAAG